CUUCACAAAGAUUUUCAUCACUUAGCAAUUUUAAUCAAUCAAAAAAAUGGCCAUAACCUACAAUCCCUCCACUUCAAAAUACUCCGUCACGUAUGAUCGGAAAACCAUAGAGACUACUCUCACAACCAAAGCUGCCGUGACCGAUGAAUGGGUUAGGGAAGUACUUUCCAUUUAUGGAAACAACCCUAUGGUUGUCGGGUUGGACAUCGAGUGGAAGCCUAAUCGGGUUCGUUACAUGAGCAAUAAAUCCGCUACUUUGCAGCUUUGCAUCGACAACAAGUGUUUGAUCCUUCAACUUUUCUACAUGGACUUCAUCCCGCAAUCCCUCAAGUAUUUUCUCGCGAAUUCUAACUUUACUUAUGUUGGAAUCGAGGUUGAUAGCGACAUUGCUAAGCUCAGAAAUGAGUAUGACUUGCAUUGUGCCAAGAGUGCUGACAUUAGGGAUCUGGCGAAGAUCCAGUGGCCGGGGAGGUUUCGCCGUCCGGGGCUGAAGGAUCUUGCCAUGGAAGUUGUUGGGCUGUAUAUGCCUAAGCCUAAGCAUAUUUCGAUGAGCAAUUGGCAAGAAAGGUUUCUGACCGAACCGCAGAUUGAGUAUGCUUGCAUUGACGCUUAUGCUUCCUUCAAGAUUGGUCACAAGUUGAUUCUUGAAAAAUAAUGAGAUAUCCUUGGGUCGUAACUCAUAGGUUUUGUUUCUUUGAGGGUGUGGUUUUGUGUGUGUGUGUGUGUGUGCGCGUGUGUUUACAAAAGCUUGCCAAUGUUGGCAACAGUUAAUAUAUUUGGUGUUUUUAUUUUUCCAUUGCUCAAUUCAAUGUUUACAUUUCGUGGAAUCUCAUAUAUCACACUUGGCCUCCUACAUAAAAGAGC